AUGGGGGACUACGGGUUUGGAGUCCUUGUGAAGAACGGCAGUGGAAGUAAAUCUGGUUUUCCCGUAAGGAUUCCACCUCACCUGCAACCCCAGAAUCCUCACCACUCGUCAAACCCUCCAAGCCCCCCUUCCUUCGUGAACAAUACCUGCUCCACCAAUGGGGGCAGUGCCUGGCUAUUCCCUGCUGUAGCCCAACACAGUAACAUGCAAGAUGAGAUUCUUGAGUGUGACAAGUCCAAGCCUUUGGAGCUGCAGGACAUUCAGGAGAAGUCUCAGAGCCAGGUGCAACCCAGCAGCCCACCUGGGCAGCAAGAACCGGGUGGAGCCCUAGGGGAGCUUGAUGGGGCUCUGCCUGAAGAGGGCUCUUUAGAGAAGGGUUCAUUGGAGAGCAGUGCUGGCAAAGAGAAGCUCCGAAUGGACUCACCAGUCUUAAGUGGAUUCGACUAUCAGGAGGGAUUGGGAAUGGUCACAACUUGUGCAUCCACAUCCUCAUCUUCCUCCCUUACCAGCUUUAAUAACUGGUCCACUGCAGUCCCAUCCACCCAGUCUCCAGUGGUCGGAGAGGAUGUUGGAGGCUUCUUCAGUCCUCCCGUCUCCAACACAAAUGGUCCUCCACUCCUGUUUCAAAACUUCUCACAUCAUGCAGGCCCAAGCUUUAGUGCUGGGGGUAGUUUCUCACAGAUGGGGCCAGUGUCCCAACAUCACCCAGCUCCGCCAACCCCGCACCCCCAGCAUUACCACCCUCACGGUCAGGGCAUCCCACAGCAGCACCGCCGGUCCCCUGCCAGCCCUCAUCCUCCAUCCUUUCCCCCUCAUCCCCAUCGCACUGGGGCGUUCACACAGAUGCAACACCUGACACCCACUCAAAGCAAACCUCCAUCUCCUUGGGGAAGUUAUCAGAGCCCCUCCACCCCCACAUCCACCUCCUGGAGUCCGGGUGGGUACGGAGGGUGGGGAGGAACACAGGGGGUACGCGAGUACCGCAGAGGUGUCAGUGGGGGAAUGACUGGCCUUAACUCGAUCUCUCCACUGAAGAAGUCAUUUGCUAAUAACCAGGUAUCUUCUCAGAAAUUCCCCAGGAAUAACUCUGGCUUCAGUCACAAGGGCUGGGUGGAGGAUAGCAUGAACCGCAGUGACAACAUCUAUCCUUUUCAGGAGAGAGCACGCUCCUUUGAUGGUUUCAGUAUGCAGUCUCUGGAGAACUCCCUGAUUGACAUUAUGAGGGCUGAGCAGGAUUCCUUGAAAGGUCGCUAUAACUUCUCUCACCAGGGUGGAGAUGGACCUCUUCCUAUGAAUGCAAGAAAUUAUGGGAGACGUCGAGGCCAUUCUUCACUCUUCCCGAUGGAGGAUGAGCGCUCUUUUGGAGAUGAUGAGUCUGGAGACCAGGGACUUGGUGGACUGGGUUCUGCUCACUGUUUUCCACAUCUCAAUGGGGAACGCGUGGAACGGUUUUCCCGCAAGGUGUUUGUUGGAGGGCUGCCUCCAGACAUUGAUGAAGAUGAGAUCACUGCCAGUUUUCGUCGAUUUGGUCAUUUAUUUGUGGACUGGCCUCACAAGGCAGAAAGCAAAUCGUAUUUUCCACCAAAAGGAUAUGCAUUCCUCCUCUUCCAAGACGAGAGCUCUGUUCAGGCGCUGAUUGACGCCUGUAUUCAAGAAGAUGGGAAACUUUACUUGUGUGUCUCAAGCCCAACCAUAAAGGACAAGCCUGUGCAAAUUAGGCCAUGGAAUCUCAAUGACAGUGACUUUGUCAUGGAUGGCUCCCAGCCUUUGGACCCACGAAAGACCAUUUUUGUUGGGGGUGUACCUCGCCCUUUACGUGCAGUGGAGCUGGCCAUGAUCAUGGAUCGUUUGUAUGGGGGAGUGUGUUAUGCUGGGAUUGACACAGACCCGGAACUGAAAUAUCCCAAAGGGGCGGGGCGAGUGGCCUUCUCCAAUCAGCAGAGCUACAUAGCAGCCAUUAGUGCCCGAUUUGUUCAACUGCAGCAUGGGGAAAUAGAUAAACGGGUGGAAGUGAAGCCAUAUGUUUUGGAUGACCAGCUGUGUGAUGAGUGCCAGGGCACUCGUUGUGGGGGAAAGUUUGCUCCCUUCUUUUGCGCCAACGUGACAUGUCUGCAGUACUACUGUGAGUACUGCUGGGCAGCCAUCCAUUCCCGAGCCGGGCGAGAGUUUCACAAGCCACUGGUGAAGGAGGGAGGGGACCGCCCCCGACAUAUCUCCUUCCGCUGGAACUAA